UACUAAGAAGAAACAGGCAGCAAAUGCACCCAUCAUUGCCCAUUUCAUUCUGGAAAAUCUCCUGAAAUGUGUUGUUUUAUGUGCUCUCUGAUUUUGUAUAGAUAAUGUAAAUAAUGGAAAACAAUCCUGAACACAAAUGGACAAUAUUCUGCUCUGGACUACAAAUUUGUGAAUUAGUUCUUCAUUUAGGAAUAGUGACUUAGCUUUGUGAAACCUCCAAGGAAUGUGUCUUUCACUAAAAACUCGCCCAACAACGAAUCAUUACAGGCAGCACUAUGAGAGAUCAGACUCUGUGUGUGAUUAGGAUAUCCGUGUAUAUUCUAAUAUAUCUGAGUGGAGAUUAUCAUGUUUGGACAGAUGAAAUACAUGUUGUGUCGCAGCCACCCAUCCCUACAGCGUCACCCGUACAUACACCUAAACCAGAUGGAUCGUUCUCAUUCGCCGAGGCAGGUCAGGCGAACUGUAGCAGAUCCAGUAAAAUCAAGAAUAUCAAAACGGAAUACAAGACUAGUGUGAUAGAAAAUGAAUAUAUUGUGAUCUUCAGCGGAUAUUAUGCAACAAAAACCCGAGCCACUUACAUCACUGCCUCACUUCGUGAUACUGGUAUCAUCUCUUGGAAUAUCAUUCAUCGCCAUAAUGCAGCUGUUGACAAUUAUCCAAGUGACUUUGAUGUGCUGCAGCUGAGUGGUAACUCCCAGGAUGGACUCCAGGCCCUGCGUGGUCACCCCUACAUCAAGACUGUUGUCCCACACAAGAUGGUCACCAGAACUCUCAAAUAUGUUGAUGAAGACGAAGGCAAUGAGCCCAACACCACAGAUGCUGAGAACAACCAUGAGAAAGAUACAAGCGGCGUCCUCUACGUUUCCGAUGAGGAACCAGACGGUGAGGUCGAGGAUGAGGAGGAGAUUCAUUUCUCCGGCCCAAGGAAACCACCGCCGUGUAAUAAGAUGGAUGACUUCCCGUGCUGGUCGCAAAGUUUCCAUUCGUCCCGGCCGAUUAAUAAUAGGAAGAGUCUCACACUGAGUGAUGCAUACUGGCAUUCCACAGUGCGGCAUCGCAAUCGGAAACUCCUGCGUGCAAUACCCCGCCAGAUCACAAACGCCAUGCAGGCUGAGCGACUCUGGGGAAUGGGGUAUUCAGGUUCCGGGGUCAAGGUGGCCAUAUUUGACACUGGUCUGGCAGAGGAUCACCCCCACUUCAGGAAGGGCCGCAUAAAAGACAGGACCAAUUGGACCAAUGAGAAAACACUGGAUGAUGGUCUCGGCCAUGGCACGUUUGUCGCCGGUGUGAUAGCAAGUCACAAGGAAUGCCUUGGAUUUGCUCCUGAUGCCGAUCUCUAUAUCUUCAGGGUCUUCACGAACAAUCAGGUGUCGUACACUUCAUGGUUCCUCGAUGCAUUCAACUAUGCCAUCCUGAAGAAGAUCAAUGUACUUAACUUGAGUAUCGGAGGCCCUGACUUUAUGGAUCAUCCAUUUGUGGAUAAGGUGUGGGAGCUGACAGCCAAUAAGGUCAUUCUCGUGUCGGCGAUUGGGAAUGAUGGUCCGUUAUACGGAACAUUGAACAAUCCUGCUGAUCAGAUGGACGUGAUUGGAGUUGGAGGUAUCAACUUUGACAAUCAGAUAGCCAAGUUCUCAUCACGUGGAAUGACAACGUGGGAACUACCCUCGGGGUACGGACGAAUGAAACCAGAUAUUGUGACAUACGGGUCUGCCGUCCGUGGGUCAGCUAUCAGGGGUGGUUGUCGUACGCUGUCUGGAACAAGUGUCGCCUCGCCAGUGGUGGCCGGAGCUGUCACUCUCUUAUACAGUGCUGUGCUGAAUCGAGCCAACGUGAUCAAUCCAGCAAGCAUGAAACAGGCUCUCAUGGCCUCGGCAAAGAGACUGGACGGCGUCAACAUGUUUGAGCAGGGUCAUGGCAAGCUGGACCUUGUCAAAGCAUAUCAGUUGUUACGCAGCUAUAAGCCGCAGGCAAGCUUGAGCCCAAGUUACAUUGACUUCACCGACUGUCCUUACAUGUGGCCAUAUUGCUCCCAGCCGAUGUAUCAUGGAUCGAUGCCCGUCGUUGUCAAUACGACCAUCCUGAAUGGGAUGGGAGUGUCGGGGAAAAUAGUGGACAAGCCUGUUUGGCAGCCCUUCACCCCACACUUUGGAAAUUACAUCGAAGUCGCCUUCUCCUACUCGAACGUCUUGUGGCCGUGGUCCGGGUUCUUGGCUAUGCAGAUGUCGAUCUCGAAGGCUGCAGCAAACUGGGAAGGCAUCGCACAGGGGCAGGUCGUCCUUACAAUAGAGUCACCACCGGAGGAAGAUGAAAAGGUGCCAAGGGUGUCUGUGGUGAAGCUACCGAUCAAAGUGAAAAUCAUUCCCACUCCACCUAGAAGUAAACGUGUACUUUGGGACCAGUACCACAACUUACGCUACCCACCAGGAUAUUUCCCACGAGACAAUCUACGAAUGAAGAAUGAUCCACUUGACUGGAAUGGCGAUCAUAUCCACACAAACUUCAAAGACAUGUACCAACAUCUCCGAACCAAUGGUUACUAUGUGGAAGUGCUUGGGUCUCCCUUUACGUGUUUCGAUGCGGACCAGUAUGGCACCCUGAUUAUCGUCGACUCGGAAGAAGAGUUCUUUCCUGAGGAGAUUAAAAAAUUACAGCGAGAUAUUGAGAAAGGUUUAUCGGUGAUCGUGUUUGCCGAUUGGUACAACGUCUCCGUCAUGAAGAAGGUCAAAUUCUACGACGAGAAUACGCGCCAGUGGUGGAUGCCUGAUACAGGUGGCGCCAAUGUACCAGCGUUGAACGAUCUCAUUGCCCCAUUUGGUAUGGCAUUUAGUGAUCAAGUCUAUGAGGGAGAUUUCACCUUUGGGUCCCACGACAUGUACUAUGCGUCUGGUACAAGCAUUGCCAAGUUUCCUGAGAACGGCGUUAUCAUCAGUGAAACAUUAAAAGAUCAAGGUUAUGAGGUUAUAAAGGGGGAGAGCCUUACCGCUGAGAAGGUACCAAUCCUCGGUCUACACCAAGUGAAGGCCCAGGAGUCUAGUGGACGUAUUGUCCUCUACGGAGACUCCAACUGCCUCGAUAAGAGUCACCUUCAGCGUGACUGUUUCUGGAUGUUGGACGCUCUGCUACAAUACACGGUACAUGGGACGGUGCCGCCUGUGUUUUUAGAGAAACGCGUCGCAGCAACGUUAAAUGCUGUGGAUUUACCUCAACGCAUGGAAGGGAACCACCUCCAUCGAUAUUCUAAGGUUCUUGAGAACCACCUGGGUUCAACCCAAACGCGUCCAUUACCAGCCUGCCCUCACUUGGUCUGGGCUCAACCCAGCCCUAUCAAUGCAUCAGCCCCAGUCAAUCUAUUCACGCACCAAAAGCUUUUAUCAAUAGGCCUGGAGCCACCACUCCCCCUGGUGCAGAAGAGAGAAAACAUUGCUCCAGUUGGAAUACAGGAUAACCCAGGAAUCAACUCUGGCUGGGAGAAGGUCCCAGGAGGCCAGGGAAUCAACUUUCAGGAUCACUUGACCAUGUUCCCUAUACUAGCGUUUAUUGCCAUGGUGCUCGUUCUCGGGUUCUUUCUUAGUCAGUUAAACAAAGGCAAAUCAAAACCAAAAAGAAGGAGGCCGAGAUUAAGAAAGGUUCAUCGAAUAACUUAUACGUCUAAUAUGCCUGGCGUAUAGUUAAAAGUUCAGUUAGUUGAGUUGUCAGUUUUAUCUCAGUGAGAGGGAAAAUUCUUCUUCAGUAUUACCUGCAUUUAUUAGUACCCAUUAAGAUACUGUGUAGACACUAUUCAGCCAGUUUUGAUGGUUUUGCAUCAUGUUGAGUUCACCGUUACACAACUUCUUUCUUUUGAUAGUGUUCUCAAAGAAAUGAGAUUUGUUAACAAUAUCAGUUGAUUCGGGUUGUACAUGUAUGGUGUCAUGAGUUCCCUCUCGCUGAGAUUUUAUAGCUUUUUCAUAGCAAUUGUAAAUUUGUACAUAUUGGGGACAUCACCGCAUCAUCUUUUCUCAUUUAAGCUACUUUACCCUUUUGUUUAGUGCAAUAGCGAAUGUGUACUCCUUGUGUUUUGUCCUCGUCUUGCCACUUCAUCAAUCUUAGAAUUUGGCAAGUUGCCCUCGAUUUAUUCUGUUACUCUAGUAGGUUUGAUGCAGUAGCUAGCUGCAUUGCCUCAAUCAACGCUAAGGAGCCAAUCAGAUAAUGUACAUGUUGUUUUUAUGUCUAUUGAACCACCACAGGGAGCCGCUGUGGUGUAGUGGCUUGGACCCUCGACCAGCGGUCAAGAGGUCCCGGGUUCGAUCCCCACUGUCGGCGUGAGACUGUAGGCUGGUCUCUCUGUCUUACUUGCCUCUCUGCACCCAGGUGUAUAAAUGGGUACCGGUCAGAAAUGCACGGAUGGUAGCGCUGGUUGAGCAGCUCAUCUGAGGUCUACUGAAAGGUUUCAGGACAGACUGAGGUUAAAGUGUAAAGUCGGAUGAUAACCUAUAUUGUAGUUGAUAUCAGACUAUAAACCCUAAAUUUUAACUUUUUAACUUUUUUAACCACAGCAGCCAGUAUGGAAAAUUACCUGUUUCUGAGAUUGGUUUCUCAUUGUAGUUGAGAUUGUAAUUGAGAUUGGUGUAUAUCAUAUUCGAGAUUGUUCUUCAGUCAUUCUUGUUAUUACAUCCUUGUGAUACAUGUAUGUGGCCCUGUCCAUACAACUUUCAAGCUUUGUUUGGAUGAUACUGGCUUGGGUAAACAGAAUAAUCUAAAAGUUAAGACCUGACAAUACCUUCAUACUGUCUUUUUGCAUGUCUUUUAUAUGAAUCACUGCGUGCAUUUGUAUAUACAUGUAAUGUAAAGAGUGUGCUGCAUCUUCCAGUUGAACCUCAUAGCUGAUCUGCUUUUGGUUUAUUGGUAAAGAAGUGGUAUCGCCUCCUGUACAUAUUGUCCCAUCAUUAUAUUUUUACUGUCUUUUGGUCCGUUGUUAAUUUAUUCGUACCUCCAAGAGAUCACAAUGGGUUAAAUCAGCCAAAAGUGUUAGGAAAAUGGAUUAAUGUUUUGGCUACAGGAAUUAGUGUAUUGUAGUGAGGUUUUAUAGUUUUUCACCUAACACGGUUUAUUGGCGAUGAGUAAACUGUUCUGUUCAGUAAGAAUCACUGUGUCCUUCUCCAUGUUGGUAAGAAGAAACAGUUGUAAUAAAUAACAGUAGAACCACCCUAAGUAGAUGGAAAUUAAAGAACCUCUCCCAUCACUUUCAAAGUACGGUUUGUAAAUAAACCCUUUUUGAAGCAAAGCUUUUGAAGCCCAAGUUGUUCGAUAUUUGUAAAUAAACCGUACAAUCUUGAAUUAA